AUGGCGGGGCCAAUUCGACAUCUGUCUACCUACCAUCAUGAAUCUACUCCUGCUGCGUCUACGUUAAUAAACGAGAUAAACGUGCAGCUGGCGUUGUUUCGGGACCUCCUCAUCCAUAUUGGUCAGCCUCACGAUAGCCCAGAACUACGUGAAAGGGUGCGGCGACUGCGGCGUACUUGUGUUGAAGCGACCAAGCAAACCAGCCAGCUUGUUCUUCCUACCUGUAAAAAGUCUAGUGGAGAAGUCUGUGCUGAACAGCCUCAAUUGGUGCUAUUAUACUUUAUGUCGAACCUACUCUUGCGGGAACUUGCCAAGUGCCACAGACUCGUUCAGCUAGUGCCGAUGGACAUGUCGUCAUAUUACGAAAAUCGCGCUGGACCAUCAAACUUCGGUAACGUCAUCAGUCAGAUUUUGUUGUGUAAGCAAAUAACGCCUGAUUUCAAUCAAGAGGAGCUAUGCAGUAUUGCCAAGGACACGCAGGAAAUUACGAGAAUAGUCACCGAUAUACAGGAAUUCCUUCCACAACACGAGACGCUUAGUCAUUUAGAGAGUAACAUUGCACUCAAAGGGGACGAAGUUAACGGCCUAUGGAGGAAUAAGCGAAGAGGUUCUCUUUACAAAGGCAUGGGAGUGCUCUGUUGCAUGUCCCGACCCAACUACCUCUGA